AUGAGUGCAAGGAAGAUGAAAGUUAAAGUGUCAAUGGCAUUCAACAUAAAUGUGAGUGUGGGGCAAUGCAGAAAUGCAAAGAAAUUUGCAUUACAAGAGAUUGAAGGAAGUGUAAUUGAACAUUAUGGGAGAUUGUGGUCAUAUGUUGAGGAAAUUAUCAGGUCAAAUCCUGGGUCUACUGUGAGGUUGGAUGUAGACAUCAUGCCAGAUUCCACAACUUUGUUUUCCAAGUUUUAUGUGUGUUUCAAAGCUGUAAGGGAUGGUUGGUUAGAAGGGUGCAGGCCUGUAAUUGGGCUUGAUGAUUGCUUUUUAAAGGGUAUAGUUCGAGGAGAAGUUCUUUCAGUUGCUGGGAGAGAUGCAAACAACCACCUCUACCCUUUAGGAUGGGCUGUGGUAUGUGUUGAGAAUAAAGAAACAUGGAAGUGGUUCAUAGAUUUGCUUAUGGAUGACAUUAAUGGUGGUCUUGUUGCAAGCAUUACCCUUAUUUCUGAUGGACACAAGGGGUUAUUACAAGCAGUUAAGGAAAUAUGUCCAGAAGCUGAACAUAGGCAAUGUGCCAGACACAUUGUGGCCAAUUUUAAUAAAAGGUUUAUUGGUCAAGAAUACAUGAAGUUAUUUUGGAGGGCUGUAAGGGCUAGUACUGUGGAGAAGUUCAUAGGUGUAAUGGAGAAGAUCAAAUCUAUUGAUACUCAUGCUUAUGAUUACCUUAUAGACAAAGAUCCUACUACCUGGUCUAAGGCAUUUUUUUUCAAGAAGGAAGAGAUUGUGAUGCAGUGGAGAAUGGGGUCAGUGAGAGUUUCAAUUCUGCUAUUAGGCAUGCUAGAAGGAGACCUAUAA